AUCAUGAUUGAUGGGGACACAGAUACGUCAACAAAAGAGUGUGAAAUCAUAUAUGCCAGGAUCCUGCAACAAGGGAAACCAACAAAUGUUUUGAUUGGCCACAUCGAAGUGCAACAUGCACAUGCUCACGGUGUAUAUGAUGCCACCAAAGAGGCCUUCAAGAAACUAGGGACAGAAACAGGGUGGUUAGACAAGACAGUUGCCAUGGGAACUGACGGCGCAGCUGUCAAUCUUGGGCAUAAAGGAGGUGUAAUAGCCCUUCUCCAAGCUGAGGCAGGGGCUUUUAUUGUCCCAUUUCAUUGCAUGCCACAUAGGCUGGAGCUGGCAAUGCUGUCAGUGCAAAGGAAAAUUCCCAUGGUGGAUCAUGUCUACAGUCUCCUCAACAUGGUUUGGAAAACCUACCACUACAGCAGCAAGUCUAUGAGAGAACUGCGAGCACUUGGAGAGGAGCUGGGUGUGCAUGUCAAUGUACCAGGUAGUGUCAGUGGGACACGCUGGCUUGCACAUGUAAACCGUGCCCUGCAAACCCGACAGACCUGGAGGAAAGGACAGAAACCUGCAGAAUCCUGGCCAGUUCACAGCAGUUUACUUCCACAUGGAACAUUUGACUGCAUCAUCAACCAAUGCUGA